GUGAUUGUGUUUGUAUAGACCAUCGUUGACAACACCUUAUAGAACCUUGGUUGUAAGAUGUGAGGAUUUCUAUGUUUAUUUAUUGUAUUUAUUAUUAUUCCAUUGGUUGACUAGGUAAAGCGGGGUGACGGCCCUUGAGUAUUAUUAUUGUUGUUGUUAGAGGCCAGAGUUGUGGAGCUUAGCCGUACGAUACGAGUUAUAUGGAAGUCAGUUUAUAAUUAUGUACAUAUUCAGUUAGUUAACGUUUGAUGAGUUGUCUUCAGCUACUGAUACCUUGAUUUACUUUUAUUAAAGUUAUAUAUUUUAUUGUUAAUUAAUCUCUGGCGUCUCUUGAGUUAUUGAAAGAAGUAUUACUAGUACGUUCUGUGUCAAGUAUAAUCCCUGUAAGGAGUUCACAACAAUCACAACAAUGGUGGAGCAGCAAGUGUGUCAACAAGUUGACAGGUGAACUAAUUCAUCCUUAUAGUUGUUAUCUAUUAUCUUCUGGUCAGCAGUAAGCCCUACUGACUUCAAAUAUAGGGCUAGAAAAUCAAUUAACUCAGGGACUAAAAGGCUUGUCCUAAAGUAUAAGAACAAACCUAAGUCCAUAAAAUGGCCGAGAAAGUAUACGGUGACCUACUAAAACUAUAUGAAACGGGGAAGAGUCUUGGCUACCAGAGAGAAGAAUUGGACGAGUGGGUUGCUAAAAUCAUAAGACAGAAUGAGGAGAGAGAUACUAGAAUGGAAGAGAGGAAAGAAAAGGCGAAAGUAGAAGAGGAAGAACGGAAACAAAGGGCGAAAGUAGAAGAAGAAAAGGCGAAAGUAGAAGAGGAAGAACGGAAAUAAAGGGCGAAAGUAGAAGAAGAAGAAAGGAAAGAAAAGGCGAAAAUAGAAGAACGGAAGAUGGCAAUGCUGGAAGAAGAGAUGAGAUUUAAAUGGAAACUAGAAGAGGACCAAGUAGCGGCCAAAAUAAAAAGAGACGACGAGGAAUCGAAGGCCAAAAUUGCCGCAAUCGAAAAAGAGAGUAAAGCAAAGGGUGUAGAGGAGCAGGAAAAUAGAGACACGAGGAAAAGAAAUACGCCCCAAACAAAGAGACAAAAAUUCGUGGAAGGCACGGAUAAGAUGGAUGCAUUUAUCAACAGAUUUGAAAUGCUGAUGAAACUUGAAAAGGAACCACAACACGAAUGGGCCAUACAACUUCUCAGUUUGGUCGGAGGAAAGGCCCUCGAUGCACUACAAGUCCUAAGCGAUGACGAGGUAGCAAACUAUGCCAUCCUCAAGAAAACAUUACUUGAUUUCUAUCAAUACAGCGAGGACGACUACCGACAGAAGUUUCAUGAGCUAAAACCACCAUCAGACGGCAACAUGAAGCAAUUUGUUUCUGAUGUGAAAAUAACGUUCGAAAAAUGGGUUCAAGCGUCUGGAAUUGAAGAAUCCUUCGAGAGUCUAAAGCAGUUUAUCAUCGUGGACAAAAUCGUAUCAACUGCUGGGAAGCAUUUGUUUGCUUUCCUACAGGAAAGAAAACCGAGAAGUGUGGAGACCGUUAUGGAACUGUGUCAAACUUAUGUAGCGGCACAUCCGGGCGAAAUAUUACAAAAGGUUGAAAACAAUGAAGAAAUCGAAUUUGCCGCAGCAGCAGUCUCUACAACAGCACGAUUUACAAAGGAAGAAACAGCACAACAACAUAGUUCACCACAAAACAGAGAUACACAAAGAGAACGAAAUGAUUAUAGACUAAAUCAGUCACCGGCCCAGAGAAGUGAAGUGAGAUGCUACAACUGUGGGAGAAUGGGGCACAUAGCGAAGUAUUGUCGAGAUGCCCGGAGAACAGAAUUCUACAAGGACGAUGUUGUAGCCCAUGUUGGAGGCUUGGCGGAUAGCCUUUCACCGUACGUAUGUCCAGCUAUAGCAAAUGGCUAUCAUACCCACGCCCUGCGCGAUACUGGGGCCACCAAAUGUGUACUCUUAGCUAAACUUGUGAGACCUCACCAGUACACUAAGAGACAAUGCAAAGUACAAGGUUUCGGAGGGCAAAUAAAGAGCUACCCAACAGCUAUAGUACACAUUAACUCUCCGUAUUUCAAUAAAAAGGUUGAAGCUAUAGUUGUUGAGAAUGGUCCAUUCGAAGUGGUGAUAGGGAAUGUACCAAAUAUAGAGUGUCCCAGUGAGGCUCAGAUCGACAGAUGGAAACAAUUUUUUAACUGGGAGCCAACACAAGAAGCUGAUGACAUCGAUCAAUCAGCGACGACUGAAGUUCAACGCCAACAACAAAUGAGACAAGGCUACGAUCCUAAAGACGUAGAAAAUAGUAGUCAAACAAUACCUUUAGAAACGAUACAACAAGUUGAAGACAGACAACAAAAACUAAAACCAGAACAAGAAAGUUUUGAUCAUGUUGGCAGUAACGAAAAUAAGGAAGAUUUAUGUGUGCACCAGACGGCCAUAGUUAAAAGCAACCCAAGGAAAUACCCCACUAGUGUUACAGAAGGCGGAAAAACGGAAUUUGACGUCGUCGAAGAAGAGAAACGAAAGGAAACAGCAAACGUAACCGGUCCAGGUGGUUCUAAUGUGAAGGGCAGUAGAGAUUCUGCUGGCCAAAGUAGCUGUAGGACGAGUGGAUGGUAUCUAUGGUACAGAGAAAAUGGCAAUGGAGGAAGGCGGCAGUACCCAGAGGACCGAGGAGAAUUCCAGCCUCAAAGAUACCAAGGCUAUCAAGGACGUAGACCGUGUUACAGACGCAAUAGAUAUUAUGGCAGCCCACCAGCCAACAGAUACUAUGGCAACCCGCCAGUCAACAGAUACUAUGGCAGCCCACCAGUCAACAGAUACUAUGGCAGCCCACCAGCCAACAGAGACCACAGAGAGAAACGUUUUACAACUAUGUUCUAA